AAUUAUUUUACAGUACAUACUAUAUAUAUGUUGUGUUUAAAGUAUGUAAGAAUAUCAGUUUACUUAUACUUAUACUUAAAAAUUUAAAUCUUGAAUUAAAAAUCUUAAUAAAGUAGAAAGAAGAUAAGUAAUAAUAAUUUAUAUCAAUGCUGCUCUCCGAAAAUUACUAAUGUUUACAUAACAAUUAUUUCACACCGCUGGAAGAUACUUGUCCAAUGGAGUUUUAUAUUAACAACAAUAAUUAUUUGCGAUGCAAAUCGCAGCAAAAUUAAUAAUCGGUAUAAUGAGUACAUGGAAGCUGAUACAACGACGUUGUUACGAUCUUCUUUCACAUAAAUCGUCAUUACUUAUUAUUCUUAUUGCAUUUACAUGCAUAUUUGUUGGUACUGUACACUUUGGAGAGGUAUGGCUUGCUUGGAGUAAAGAAAAAUAUCAAGCCGUAUUCCACUCGUUCAAUGACAAUAUCAUCGGCACUUCGUUUCAAAAUAAACUGUGCCAGCAUGUGCCUAUUGAUGUAGUUUAUACGUGGGUGAAUGGUAGCGAUCCAGCGUUUAUUCAAGAUUUACAUAAAUAUAUACCAGUUCCUAAUGACAUUAACGCAGCUGUGUCGAGAUUUAAUGAUAAAGAUGAGUUGAGGUACUCGUUGCGAUCGCUAGAAAUGUAUGCACCAUGGGUUAGACAUGUUUAUAUUAUUACUAAUGGCCAAAUACCCAAUUGGCUGGAUAUGGAUAAUGAGAGAAUGACACUUAUUAGUCAUCAUGAUAUUUUUCCUAAUAAAAAUCAUCUACCGACUUUUUCAAGUCCAGCUAUUGAAAGUCAUAUCCAUAGAAUACCAGGAAUAUCUGAUAAAUUUUUAUAUUUUAACGAUGAUGUUUUCCUGGGUACGGAAGUCUGGCCUGAAGAUUUUAUCACGCAAACUGGCGGGCAAAAAGUUUAUUUGGCUUGGUGGAUACCGGACUGCUCCGAUAUUUGUCCUUGGGCUUGGGUUGGAGAUGGCUCUUGUGAUCCUGCUUGUAAUACAACAGUUUGUGAAUUUGAUGGUGGAGAUUGUAAUACAACGCCCAUACCAACAGACAGUGAAGUGAUGGAAGAAGACGGUGACUAUCCGUAUAAGCUUCUUCAAAUGAAUCAAGAAAAAGAAACAGCAAAAUUUUUUGAUUCAUUAAAGCAAAAAAAUCAAAAUAUAAAUUCUUCAGUUACAACUCGUCCUUCUGUUACGACUAUUCCGUCGUCAUUACCUUCUUUUAAUUCAUUUUCAACGUCCGAUCCUUUGAACGUUAAUGAAAAUUCACUGGAUGAUAUAAUUAAAUUACUGAAGGAUAAACAUAAUCAUAUAAAUAAUACUCAAGAUAAUGAAUUAAUACUUUCGAAAAAUAGUUUUAGAAUAAACAGAACUGCCGACCAAAAUGGAGAUAAAAAAAGAAAAAAAUUAUCUACGUCCACUGAAAUAAUAGGAUUUAAGUACGAGUUUGCUCAUCCGAUGAGUCGCCGUAAGCAGCAAAAUCGAAAUGAUGAUAUUAUAAAUCUUGUACAUAUAAGUGAUCCUGAAAAAUCAGACAAUAUUAAUAAUAACAAUAAUAAUGACAAUGACAAUAAUAAUAAAUAUCCAAGUCACUUAAAACGUAAAAUUCGUCGACUGGAUACUUAUGCAGAGUCAUUAUUAUACGUUAAUAGAAUUUAUAACGCAGCCUAUGGGUUUCAGCGACGUCGCGUGCCAGCUCACAUGCCACAUUUAUUAGACAAAAAAAUAAUAGAGGACAUGCAUGAUAAAUUUAAAUUUGAAUUCGAUAAAACUUCGUCUCAUCGCGUAAGAAAUUCUCAAGAUAUGCAAUUUGCAUUUUCAUAUUUUUAUUAUCUUAUCAGUGAAAAACAACAGUCAACUGCUGGUGAAAUAUUUGAUAGAUUUGAUACUGAUAAAUCGGGUACAUGGUCUGAUCGUGAAAUAAGAACUCUUUUAUCACGAAUAAAUCCACUUCCGUUGGAUUAUAGUCUUGUGAUAGAUUUUGAAAAUGCAAUUACUAAUUGCUCACGUCGUAUUAAAUUAACUAAUAGUAAAAAUAUAGAGCCACCAUCGGGUGAACGUUAUCUUGAUUCUAUUCUGCCUACUGUGACUAAAGAAUUAAUAAUAAAAUGUGACGCAAUAGCCAAUAAAAUUAAGUCACAGUUUGGUGAAAAAAAUCGUUACCAACAUGAAAUUUUAAAAGCCGGAAGAAAUGAAAUCUUUGAGAUGUUAACGAGCAAUGUGUCCCAGACAGUACAAUUGCUCGAUGAAAUACGACGAGAGCCAAAGAAAUUUAUUUGUCUAAAUGAUGAUAUGGAUCCCUCGCGAAAAUCAGAGAACGAUAUUAUCCGAGCUUUACUUAAUGAUUUUUACCGUUCUCUAUACCCACUUAAGAGCAAUUUCGAAUUACCAGCUCAGUAUAGAAAUAGAUUUUCUCACCGAAAUGAAUUAUACGAGUGGCGAGCUAGUCGAGCGAGAGCUAGGAAUAUUUUACUUUUACUUAUAUCAUUACUGAUGUUUAUUACGAUUUAUCAUUUAUUUUACAAUCAAAUCCGACGAUUUUUACGCAACAGAUCUCUUCCGGCUUUUCUUGUGUAAUUUAUUAAAUAUCUGUGAUUUUAUUAAGUGUAACACUUGUACUAUUUUAUCAAUCAUUCUAGUCAACUAUUAUAUAUUUUUUUAUCUGACUUAUCAUUUUUUUAAUCAUCACAUUAACUCAUUUUUAUUAC